CUCGAGCUGGUCCUUCUGCCGAGACCCAGCGCCUGGGCAAGCCGCCCGAGAGCAGCCGCAAGGUCGCCGCCCGCCUCCGAGCGUCCCUCCGUCCACCUGUCGGCCCCGCGCCCCCUCGCCGCGCCGCAGCCCCGGCCCCGAACGCCAUGAACCAGAUAGAGCCUGGCGUGCAGUACAACUACGUCUACGACGACGAUGAGUACAUGAUCCAGGAGGAGGAAUGGGACCGCGACCUGCUGCUGGACCCCGCCUGGGAGAAGCAGCAGAGGAAGACCUUCACUGCCUGGUGCAAUUCCCACCUGCGGAAAGCUGGCACUCAGAUUGAAAACAUUGAGGAAGACUUCAGGAACGGCCUUAAGCUCAUGCUGCUUUUGGAAGUCAUCUCAGGGGAAAGGCUGCCCAAACCUGACCGGGGCAAGAUGCGCUUCCACAAGAUCGCGAACGUCAACAAGGCUUUGGAUUACAUAGCCAGCAAAGGGGUGAAACUGGUGUCCAUCGGGGCUGAAGAGAUUGUUGACGGCAAUGUGAAGAUGACCCUGGGCAUGAUCUGGACCAUCAUCCUUCGUUUUGCCAUCCAGGACAUUUCAGUUGAAGAAACAUCUGCCAAAGAAGGGCUGCUGCUUUGGUGUCAGAGGAAAACCGCUCCGUACAGAAAUGUGAACAUUCAGAACUUCCACACCAGCUGGAAAGAUGGCCUUGGACUCUGUGCCCUCAUCCACAGACACCGGCCUGACCUCAUUGACUACUCAAAGCUUAACAAGGAUGACCCCAUAGGAAACAUUAACCUGGCCAUGGAGAUCGCAGAGAAGCACUUGGACAUCCCUAAGAUGCUGGAUGCUGAAGACAUUGUGAACACUCCCAAACCUGACGAAAGAGCCAUCAUGACUUACGUCUCCUGCUUCUACCAUGCUUUCGCAGGAGCGGAGCAGGCUGAGACAGCGGCUAACAGGAUAUGUAAGGUUCUUGCUGUGAAUCAAGAGAAUGAGAGGCUGAUGGAAGAAUAUGAGAGGCUAGCCAGUGAGCUUUUGGAAUGGAUUCGGCGCACGAUUCCCUGGCUGGAGAACCGGACGCCUGAGAAGACCAUGCAGGCCAUGCAGAAGAAGUUGGAGGACUUCCGGGAUUACCGUCGGAAGCACAAACCCCCCAAGGUGCAGGAGAAAUGCCAGCUGGAGAUCAACUUCAAUACUCUGCAGACCAAACUGCGGAUCAGCAACCGGCCCGCUUUCAUGCCCUCCGAGGGAAAGAUGGUGUCGGACAUUGCUGGCGCCUGGCAGAGGCUGGAGCAGGCCGAGAAGGGUUACGAGGAAUGGCUGCUGAACGAGAUCCGGAGGCUGGAGCGCCUGGAGCACCUGGCUGAGAAGUUCAGGCAGAAGGCCUCCACGCACGAGACCUGGGCCUACGGCAAAGAGCAGAUCUUGCUGCAGAAGGAUUACGAGUCUGCAUCCCUGACGGAAGUGCGAGCCUUGCUGCGGAAGCACGAGGCCUUCGAGAGUGACCUGGCGGCACAUCAGGACCGCGUGGAGCAGAUCGCGGCCAUUGCACAGGAACUCAAUGAACUGGACUAUCAUGACGCCGUGAAUGUCAAUGAUCGGUGCCAGAAAAUUUGUGACCAGUGGGACAGAUUGGGGACCCUCACUCAGAAGAGGAGAGAGGCCUUGGAGAGAACUGAGAAAUUGCUAGAAACCAUUGAUCAGCUGCACCUAGAGUUCGCCAAGAGAGCUGCUCCUUUCAACAACUGGAUGGAGGGUGCUAUGGAGGACCUGCAAGAUAUGUUUAUUGUGCACAGCAUCGAGGAGAUACAGAGUUUGAUCACUGCCCACGAGCAGUUCAAGGCCACGCUGCCCGAGGCCGACGGGGAGCGGCAGUCCAUCAUGGCCAUCCAGAAUGAGGUGGAGAAGGUGAUUCAGAGCUACAACAUCAGGAUUAGCUCCAGCAACCCGUACAGUACUGUCACCAUGGAUGAGAUCCGCACCAAGUGGGACAAGGUGAAGCAGCUGGUGCCCAUCCGGGAUCAGUCCCUGCAGGAGGAACUGGCUCGCCAGCAUGCUAAUGAGCGCCUGCGGCGCCAGUUUGCUGCCCAGGCCAAUGCCAUUGGGCCCUGGAUCCAGAACAAGAUGGAGGAGAUUGCCCGGAGCUCCAUCCAGAUCACGGGGGCGCUGGAAGACCAGAUGAAUCAGCUGAAGCAGUACGAGCACAACAUCAUCAACUACAAGAACAACAUCGACAAGCUGGAGGGAGACCACCAGCUCAUCCAGGAGGCCCUGGUCUUCGACAACAAGCACACCAACUACACGAUGGAGCACAUUCGUGUUGGAUGGGAGUUGCUGCUGACCACCAUCGCCAGAACCAUCAACGAGGUGGAGACCCAGAUCCUGACAAGGGAUGCAAAGGGCAUCACCCAGGAGCAGAUGAACGAGUUCAGAGCCUCCUUCAACCACUUUGACAGGAGGAAGAACGGCUUAAUGGACCAUGAGGAUUUCAGAGCCUGCCUCAUUUCUAUGGGUUAUGACUUGGGUGAAGCUGAAUUUGCCCGCAUUAUGACCUUGGUUGAUCCCAAUGGACAAGGCACUGUCACCUUCCAGUCCUUCAUUGACUUCAUGACUAGAGAAACGGCUGACACAGACACCGCUGAGCAGGUCAUCGCCUCCUUCCGAAUCCUGGCAUCUGAUAAGCCAUACAUCCUGGCGGAGGAGCUGCGUCGAGAGCUACCCCCGGAUCAGGCCCAGUACUGCAUCAAGAGGAUGCCUCCGUACUCGGGCCCUGGCAGCGUGCCUGGAGCCCUGGAUUACACCGCCUUCUCUUCUGCGCUUUAUGGGGAGAGCGAUCUGUGAUGCCUGGGUUCUGUAAUCAUUGAUCCCAUCAGAACGCAAUAAAAGCUGAAGUCAUGGUUUGUUUCCUGAAAACUUUGACAAACUUUAUAAGUUAAGAGAAUUAAGCAGCAUCUCGGUCUUUGCCAGGAGGGUAACUGACUGCAGUGGAGUAUAGAUAGUUUAUGACAUAGUGUGCUUCGUAAGUAGGUCUCUCUAUUUCUGGAUCAUUAGCUAAAUGUAAUGAAGUAUCAAAUUAGUUUGUUUCUUUGACUAAAUAAAGCAAAUUGAGUGCUUUGAAAUUAGCAAGAUCUAGGGAUAGAAGGAAAUGAAAAAUGAAAAUCCCAAAUACCCCAGAUGAUUGUGGCAGGGCGGAUGUCACGAAUUGAUAAAUGUUUGAUUUUUUUUUUUUCUUUUCUUUUUUUUUUGUACUUGGGAUUGAACCCAGGGCUGCCACUGAACCAUGUCCUUGGCCCUUUUAUUUGGAGACAGGGUCUAGCUAAGUUACUUAGGACUUCGCUAAGUUGCUUAGGCUGGCUGUGAACUUGCGAUCCUCCUGCCUUAGCCUUCCAAGCUGCUGGGAUUACAGGUGUGCGCCAUUGCACCCAGCUGUUUGAUAUUUUUAAAAGAAUUCUUCGUAUCUAACGUGCAUAUGUGAUUCUCCCUAAAAUAUAUUUGAACUUCCUAGUGUUUUAUUUUCUCACUCACCCAAAGACUAGUCUGACUUAAGCGUAAAUGAUACCGUCAUCUCUUCAGUUGAAUUAAAUGUCAGGAAAUGGAAACAGACUACUCAGAAGAUCAUUAGUAAUCAAAAGUUUUGUAGCAGAAUGUAUAGUCAUCGCUUCACUCUUCAGGAAAAGAUAGUCUGAUUGGUGGGUUCCAAUGCAGUACUUAUUCCCCAGAGAAGGACCUGAGGAAAUAGGGGCUCAGUUCGGUUCCAGAGACAGAGAUGGAGCCGUUAGGUAGAAUGAGACUUGUAGAACUCUAUUGCUUCCAGAUUCCCAUGCCUUUUCCAGAGCUUGCUCCUAGGGGUUCUCUGGAGCCUUGUGUAAGCUGCUUUUAAACAAGAGACAAGGUGCCUUCUGGUGCCCCAGGCAGGCCUUCCUUAGACCACCUCUGUGGCCCGUUGGGAGAGCAAGACUUGGCAGGAGCCCAGCUCUCUGCUGCAGCAGAGUGGCCUCUGUCACUGCAGAGCAGCUCCUUAGCGUUCAGGAGGCUGCCUUGUGUUGCAGGGAGCAUGAGAGGUUCAGUCUGCCACCUGUUACCACCAGUAUGGAUGGUGUGUCCCAGCAAGUCCUGAGUGUGGCUUUGUCUGUGGCACGGAUACCACCUGCAGUCAAUGUCUCUGUCCUUCAUCAGUGCCUUUCUCAGUGUUGGUUCACUUUUCUGUUGGAGCUGCAGCAUGCUGUGAUCCACUUUGUUAACCCCCUGCAGAGAAUAGGGCAGGAACUCUUUAUAUCUGGAUCUUUAAUAAUCAUGAAAUGAGUUAUAAACAAACAAAAACGUUGCAAACAGCAGUUAAAGUGUUCCUAGAGGGGCAGGGUGCCCAUCACUGAGUCUAUUUCCUCUGAGUUUUCAGCCUUCUACCCACAGCGGGAAAUUGGAAAUGUGAUACUUUCCUUUCUCAACUGUCUGGUAACCUGAUACUUUCAUUACACUGGCCCAUUUAGAACCUUAGACCUUUAUUCAUUUUAUUCAUUUGUUCCAUUAUUAAGUAAUUGGUUGUUUCCAAAUUCCUGAAUUAUUUGACUCCUUGGUUUUAUGUAGAUGCUUUUGGGGUGGUGUUCAGGUCAGCUCUUGACUCUGGUUUAUUUCAAGCAGGUGCUAUAUUCCAUCCACAGACAUCAGGGAGAAACUGGGAGUUGUUCUCCUUUGAGGCUACUUACCAGGGGGACUUGUGUUUAAGGUGGGUGUGAGUAACUCAUCUCAAAUUUCUAACUAAUUCACAACAUUCAGCAAUGAGAAUGGAUCAGUAUAUUAUCUGCUAAUAAAUGAACAAAGGAAAUAAACUGAAAAAUAAUAAACAUGUUUAUAUUCUC